UUCUGGAGUCUAGGGAUCCAUACUUAGUUGUCCUACCUCUCUCGUUCCUCAUUCGCUCCUCCCCGCAAUUCCCCCUUCGUGCGCUUUCUUUCCACCUCUGUAUCCGUCUACUGAAGGAGCGAAAGCAAAGGCCUAUAAGCGUUUGUGUUUGUCCUCCCGCCGCUCCCAUGGCGCGUAGCGCCCCUCGAGCAGCUCGUCUCACCGCGUCGCACCCUCGUUUGCUUCUGGCGCUCGCUUCGCUCUUCGCUUUACUCCCCGCGACUCGCUUCGGGUGCCAUGCCUGGGGCCACGACGGGCACGCGUUCACGUGCGCCGUCGCUCAGGCUCUGCUGUCUGACGAGGCAGCAGCAGCAGUGGCGGCUCUUCUCCCUCUCAGCGCCAAGGGCAGUCUCCCUGCCGUGUGCUCAUGGCCCGAUGUCAUCGGGCACACCAAGGGAUGGGCGUGGUCCAGGCCGCUGCACUUCAUUGACACGCCGGACUUUGCAUGCUCCUAUGAUGAAACCCGUUAGUCAAAAUCAGAGGUGACUGUGCCUUUGCCCACCACCCGGGAGUCUGUGUUGCCAAUGCCAUCCUCAACUACACCUCCCAGCUCCUCUCUUACUCGCCCCAGGUGAUUUUUGAGUCGACUCAAAAAUCCACCCACUCCCCCUCCCACCUCCUCUCCUACCCCCGCCGCUCCUCACCCCUAUCCGCCUCCUCCCACCCCACUGAACCUCUUAAUUUCUCCCCCCCUUCCCUCACCGCUUCCUCCCGUCGAAGCCUCAUGAGGGGGUUUUAUGAGGUGGGAGGGCUGGCGCUGGGGGGAGGUAGGGGGGAGGCGGAAAGGGAGGAGGGAGAAUGGGAGGAGGGAGGAGAAGGGAGAGAAAAGGAGGAGGGAGGUGAAGGGAGAGAAGGGGAGGAGGGAGGGGAAGGGGAGGAGGAGAUGGUGCGGGUCGUGAAGGCAGUGGUAGGGGAAGGUGUGAGGAGUGCUGCUCAUGCCUCCCUUGUUGCUCCCGACAUUGCUGCGACUGCUGCUGCUGCUGCUGCUGCCGCCUCUGCUACUCUUGUUGGUGCUGCUGCUGCUAGUGAGCACGGAGCACCAGGUGCAGGGUCCAUAAGGCGCUACAAUCUGACCGAAGCACUCAUGUUCCUGGCGCACUUUGCAGGAGACAUACAUCAGCCUCUGCAUGUGGGUUUCACGUCGGAUCUGGGCGGCAACAGGGUGCAUGUGUCAUGGUUUAAGAGGAAGACCAACCUGCAUGCGGUGUGGGACGGCUAUAUAAUAGCCACGGCCAUCCACCUCCGCUAUAAUGGCAGCCGGACCGCCAUGCUGCAGGGCAUCGCACACCAACUCGCGUCAGACUGGCGCCCCCUCAUCCCUGCUUGGGCCUCCUGCCCUGGGGACGUCCCUUCUCUUGCUUCUGCCGCUGCUGGUUCUUCUCUUGGUGCUGCUGCUGCUGGUGCUGAUGGCCACGCCUCUGCUGCUGCAGCGACCCGUUCUCCCGCUCAAGCUGCAGCCUGUCCAGCCGUCUAUGCCAUGGAGAGUGCAAAGGCUGCAUGCAAGUGGGCCUAUCGCAAUGCAACACCUGGUGCCGUGCUUGGAGAUGACUACUUCAUCUCCCGCCUGCCUGUUGUGGAGAUGCGCAUUGCCAUGGGUGGGGUGCGCCUUGCUCGCAUUCUCAACCACGUAUUUGCUCGGCCAAGCGCGGUCGAGUGAAAGAGCGGCUAUUGUUUUGACAUGUAAUGUAACGCCAUCCACGAAGCUCAUACUCUCAACCACAUGGUUUCUUGAUUGAGGGCGGUAUAGUCGCUUAUUAUUUCAGCAUUCCCCUUAUAGAGUAGUGAGUCUCAGUAGAAACGUUAAGUAGAAUAAGACAUACAGGUUGAUUUUGUGCAAGUGUUGUACCCUCUAAAAGCAUGCACCUAUCUAGCCUAUUAUAACAUGUACAA